AUGAAGCUCAUCCAACAAUUUGCCGCGCUGGCGCUGGCCUCGAGUGCCAACGCCUUCUGGAUCCUCAACUGCGGCAACCCCGUCGUGGUCGAUCGCGUUGAUCCACUCGCAACCCCAGGGCAGAUCCCGGGGCGUCACCUUCACACCGUCAUGGGCGGCAACGCCUUCUCGGCCAACCUGACGACCUAUGAGCAGACGCAAAAGUCCACUUGCACAUCAUGCAGUGUCACCAAGGACCUCUCCAACUACUGGUUCCCACAGCUCUUCUUUCGCUUCGACAACGGCAGCUUCGCCGCCGUCAAGAACUCGGGCGGGUCGUUGAUCUACUAUCUUCACCGCCACGACAAGAAGGAGCCCGAGUACGCCAAUGGCCUCCAGGCCUUCCCAGAGGGGUUCCGAAUGAUCGCAGGCGAGCCGCUGGCUCGGGAGGCACGCAGCGACACGGAUCAGGGCAAACGCCAGACCCGCGCCGUGUCAUUCGCGUGCCUGCGUGGCGAGCCCACGCCUGCCACCCCCUACCUCCCCAAGAUGAGGUGUAAGAACGGGCUGCGGGCCCAGAUCCACUUCCCGGCUUGCUGGAACGGCAAGGACAACGACUCCCCGGACCACAAGAGCCACGUAGCCUACCCUUCAGGCGUGGACAAUGGCAUUUGCCCUCCUGGGUUCCCCAAGCGCCUCAUCACGCUGUUCUCCGAGGUCAUCUACCAGGUCGACAAGUUCGACGCGUACUGGGACCCGAACGACGCCAGCAAGCCGCAACCCUUUGUCUUUUCUCACGGAGACCAGACGGGAUACGGGUACCACGGCGACUUCCAGAACGGUUGGGACACAAAGGUUCUCAAGGCGGGCAUCAAGGACUGCAACGAGGGCGUCAGAUCUGUCGAACAGUGCUCGGCGUUCAACGGAUUGGUGCAAAAGGGCGACGCCAUGAAGAAGUGCGUCAACAAGCCCCAGGUCGACGAGCAGAUCUCUGGCGUCCUUGGCAGCCUGCCCGGCUGCAACCCGGUGCCGGAGCAAAGUAAGAUUGUGCACCCUGCCGUAAUGGCGACUUGUGCCGCCACGAGUGCAUCUGGGGAAAAGGAUACAAAAGAGGAUACAGACGUGCCCAAGACAUCGCGGGCCGCUCGUCGGAGAGUGAAGCGCAGCAACAACUAG